AUGGAGAACAAUGCACAAACGAGUGAAGGAGAUCAUGCUAAUGUCAUGGACAGCAAGACAACAAUCCCGCACCUUGAAAUAAUUAUAGUAGUGAAACGUGUAACGGGCUGCCAUGAGGAAAGUCUAGCAGCUAAGUCAACCCGUCAGCCUCAAUUUGCAUCCACUGACUUAGAAAGGUGCACAGAGUUAGAGAAAGAAAACACAGAGGUUAAGGAUAAACUGAAAAACAUGGAUAAUUAUUGCAGGGAGUGCAAAACAGAGCUGCAUGCAUUUGUUAAAGAAUUUAGGGAGUUUAAAACAUCAACAACAGCCUUGAAGAACAAACAGUUGCUUAUUAAGAACCAGCAAAUGCGGCAAAGGAUCACGGAAGCCUUAAAACAGAAUAGACAAACUCAAUCUGAAGACCUAGAGAGAAUCACCAAGUGAUGUGAACACAGUUGUCUGGAGAAGAAGCAACUAAGAGAAACAAUUAUUCAGCUUCAAGUACAGGUAAAACACUUAACAGAACAAGUCAUGGAAGCUACAAGGUUCAGAAAGGAUCCAAGAGGUGUAAACCAAGAGAGGAAGAUCCUAACUCAACUACAACAGGAAAAUCAGACCCUUAGGCAGAGACUGGAGCACAACUGUCAGGUCAUAAAAUAUGCUGAGAGUAGAGCAGAGGGACCUCAGAAGGAGCUGGCUGAACUAGAGCACUGCCUGUUCACUUUGCAGACUGAGAGGAAUCUACUGUGGCAAGAAGUAUGGAGGCUCCAUAAGGAAUAUAUCAGCCUCACUAACCACGUCUCACUGCAGCUGAAAGAGUACAAGGCUGCUAGUCUCUCAGCUGAUGAGACACAAAACACAGCAGUGACCAAAGAUGCCAGAACAAAUGAGAGAGACGAGAUACAAAAACUUGGGAACCUGAAUGAGGACAGUUACCACAAAAUUUAA